AUGGCGUCCCGCUCCACCAGCACCUGCGUACUCGCGCGGCUCGACGACGCGGACAACCACGACAACGAAGAGGAGGACGAGGAGGAGCACAGAAGAGGGAAGGAAACGGUCGACGAGGAUAUCUACAAAGCCGCCCCCUCCUCUCGUCCGCUCAACCUCUCCCACAUCCGACCCGCUCUCCCGUCCGACCCGCUCUCCCGUUAG